AUGGCCAGCGUCCACGAGAGCCUCUACUUCAAUCCCAUGAUGACCAAUGGGGUGGUGCACGCCAACGUGUUCGGCAUCAAGGACUGGGUGACGCCGUAUAAGAUCGCGGUGCUGGUGCUGCUGAACGAGAUGGGCCGCACCGGCGAGGGCGCGGUCAGUCUCAUGGAGCGGCGGAGGCUCAACCAGCUGCUCCUGCCGCUGCUGCAGGGCCCAGAUAUUACCUUGUCAAAACUAUACAAGUUAAUUGAAGAAUCUUGUCCUCAGUUGGCGAAUUCAGUACAGAUCAGGAUCAAACUGAUGGCUGAAGGUGAACUGAAGGAUAUGGAACAAUUUUUUGAUGACCUUUCAGAUUCUUUUUCCGGAACUGAACCAGAAGUUCACAAAACAAGUGUAGUAGGUUUAUUUCUGCGUCACAUGAUCUUGGCCUACAGUAAGCUUUCUUUCAGCCAAGUGUUUAAAUUGUACACUGCCCUUCAACAAUACUUCCAAAAUGGUGAGAAAAAGACAGUAGAAGAUGCUGAUAUGGAACUGACUAGUGGAGAGGAGGGUGAAAGAAAAAUGGAAAAAGAAGAGCUUGAUGUGUCUGUGAGAGAAGAGGAGGUAUCUUGCAGUGGACCUUUGUCCCAAAAACAAGCAGAAUAUUUUCUUUCUCAGCAGGCUUCUUUGUUAAAGAAUGACGAGACUAAGGCCCUCACUCCAGCUUCCUUGCAGAAAGAAUUGAACAACUUGUUGAAAUUUAAUCCUGAUUUUGCUGAAGCGCAUUAUCUUAGCUACUUAAACAACCUCCGUGUCCAAGAUGUUUUCAGUUCAACACACAGCCUCCUUCAUUAUUUUGACCGUCUGAUUCUCACUGGAGCUGAAAGCAAAAGUAACGGGGAAGAGGGCUAUGGCCGAAGCUUGAGAUAUGCCGCCCUGAACCUGGCUGCCCUGCACUGCCGCUUCGGUCACUAUCAACAGGCAGAGCUCGCCCUGCAGGAGGCAAUUAGGAUUGCCCAGGAGUCCAACGAUCACGUGUGUCUCCAGCACUGUUUGAGUUGGCUGUAUGUGCUGGGGCAGAAGAGGUCCGAUAGUUAUGUCCUGCUGGAACAUUCCGUGAAGAAAGCAGUACAUUUUGGGUUACCGUACCUCGCCUCCCUGGGAAUACAGUCCCUUGUUCAACAGAGAGCUUUCGCUGGGAAGACGGCAAACAAGCUGAUGGACGCCCUGAAGGACUCCGACCUCCUGCACUGGAAACACAGUCUGUCAGAGCUCAUUGACAUCAGCAUCGCACAGAAAACGGCCAUCUGGAGGCUCUACGGCCGCAGCACCAUGGCACUGCAGCAGGCCCAGAUGUUGCUGAGCAUGAACAGCCUGGAGUCGGUGAGCGUGGGCGUGCAGCAGAACAACACGGAGUCCUUUGCUGUCGCACUCUGCCACCUCGCAGAGCUCCAUGCCGAGCAGGGCUGUUUCGCUGCAGCUUCUGAAGUGUUAAAACACUUGAAAGAACGAUUUCCACCUAAUAGUCAGCAUGCCCAGUUAUGGAUGCUGUGUGAUCAAAAAAUACAGUUUGAUAGAGCAAUGAACGAUGGCAAAUAUCAUUUGGCUGAUUCACUUGUUACAGGAAUUACAGCUCUUAAUAGCAUAGAGGGUGUAUAUAGAAAAGCAGUUGUACUACAAGCUCAGAACCAAAUGUCAGAGGCACAUAGGCUUUUACAGAAGCUGUUGCUUCAUUGCCAGAAAUUGAAGAAUACCGAAAUGGUGAUCAGCGUCCUGCUGUCGGUGGCAGAACUGUACUGGCGAUCUUCCUCCCCCACCAUCGCGCUGCCCGUGCUCCUGCAGGCUCUGGCUCUCUCCAAGGAGUACCGGCUACAGUACUUGGCCUCCGAAACAGUGCUGAACUUGGCUUUUGCCCAGCUCAUCCUUGGAAUCCCAGAACAGGCCUUAAGUCUUCUCCACAUGGCCAUUGAACCCAUCUUGGCGGAUGGGGCUAUUCUAGACAAAGGCCGCGCCAUGUUCUUAGUGGCCAAGUGCCAGGUGGCUUCAGCAGCUUCCUAUGAUCCACUGAAGAAAGCAGAAGCUCUGGAGGCCGCCAUUGAGAACCUCAAUGAAGCCAAAAACUAUUUUGCAAAGGUUGACUGCAAAGAGAGAAUCCGGGACGUCGUUUACUUUCAGGCCAGACUCUACCACACCCUGGGGAAGACCCAGGAGAGGAACCGGUGUGCGAUGCUCUUCCGGCAGCUGCAGCAGGAGCUGCCCUCUCACGGGGUGCCCUUGAUAAACCACCUCUAGUGAAGACUUCCCUGCUGGGCCUCCGUGGAUAUGAGAUCUUGGACUUGUUCCUCCCCCUCCUUCCUUGUAAAUGAUGUCUGUAACAUCCUGUCAAUAAACUGCAUUCUUACUGGUCUUA